GUUUUUUGGUCUUCAUUUAAGGUUAUGGUUAGACAUAAGGUUAGCAGUGUGGUUAAGGUUAUGGUUCGGGUUAGCUUUAAAUUCGGGAUAUCAAGAAGAAGGACUAUAUAUAUAUUUUUUUUUAAAUAGGCGGGGUUUGGCAUAAUUGUGACUUUGUGGCUGUGAUAACUAGUGAUGACCACUAGGGUUAGGAAGAGACUCUGGCCGGUGUAUAGUGCAUGACAGCUGGAAACGGACUCCAGUCUUUUUAACGUUUGGAUAAACUAACGUCUCAAAAGUGCAACGUGACAGACAAUUACUUGAAAGGGGCAGCUGUCAAAAUGUUGUGGAGUAAAGCCUUCUGCCGCUGCCCUGUGCUCGUCCUGAGCUUGUGGUUCUGUGUGGAAGCAGUGCCCAUCGCUGUGGACAAGACUAAAGUGGAAACCCCAGAGCAGAAACUUGAGGCGCCACAGAGUGUGGACACGGGGCUUCACUAUGACCGCUACCUCAGGGAAGUCAUUGAUUUCCUGGAGAAAGACCAGCAUUUCAGAGAGAAGCUCCACAACACAGACAUGGAGGACAUUAAGCAAGGCAAACUGGCCAAAGAGCUGGACUUUGUCGGCCAUCACGUGAGGACCAAACUUGACGAGUUGAAGAGGCAGGAGGUGAACAGGCUACGGACGCUCAUCAAAGCUAAACAAGACAUUGAGGGAGGGCAUGAAAUGAACCACAAGGCGCUGCUCAUGCAGUUUGAGUACAUGAACCACAUGAAUCCACACACCUUCGAAGUGGAGGACCUGGAUAAGCUUAUUAAAUCGGCUACCAGUGACCUGGAAAACUAUGACAAGGAUCGUCACGAGGAGUUUAAGAGGUACGAGAUGAUGAAGGAGCACAAGAGGAAGGAGCACCUGAAGAACCUCGACGAGGAGCAACGCAAGGACGAGGAACAGCACUACGAAGAGCUGAGGGAGAAACACGCAAACCAUCCCAAAAUCAACCACCCUGGCAGUCAGGACCAGCUGAAAGAGGUCUGGAAGGAGUCUGACGGUUUGGACCCAAAUGACUUUGACCCCAAGACCUUCUUCAAACUCCACGACAACAACGGAGAUGGCUACAUUGAUCAACAGGAGCUUGAAGCCCUGUUCACUAAAGAGCUGGAGAAGAUGUACAGCCCUAAUCUUGAAGAGGAUGACAUGACAGAGAUGGAGGAGGAGCGACUGCGCAUGAGGGAACACGUCAUGAAUGAGGUGGACACCAACAAGGAUAGACUGGUCUCCCUGGAUGAGUUCCUGAUUUCCACAAACAAGAAAGAGUUCCAAGAGCCAGACAGCUGGGAGACUCUGGAGCAGGCCCCAGCCUACACGGACGAGGAGAUGAAGUUGUUUGAGGAGCAGCUGGCCCAGGAGGAGAUCAACCUCAAGCAGAAGAACGUAGUUCUGCAGAAACAGAAAGAGGAACUGGAAAGGCAGCAGGAGCAACUCGACGCCCAGAAAGCCGAGCUGCAGCAGGCGGUGGAACAAAUGCAGAUAAUAAAAUUUGAAAAAGCAAAUGCGGCCGUUGAGGUCAAAGAUGGAGGAGCUACAGUAGCAGUGCCCCCUGGAGGUCAAUCAUUGCCAGUACUACCAGGAGACAGCCAACCUCUACCCCCGAGUCACCACCAAGACUUACCUGCACACUCUUAGCAGGCCCGGCAACUUUUUCUGUGUGUGUGAAUCUCUUGGUGUGUGUUUGUACGUGUGUGUGCGCUCAUGUGUUUUUGUGUGCAUACGUGUGUAAAUUAAUCUUGCAACGAAUCCGUUUGAGUUAGUUUUAAUGUGUUGUCGGCGCUCUACGGUCCCACAAUAUACCCGGACGCACACAUACAGUCCAACAAUUUCCAGAGACCAGCUAAACCAAUCAGAAUGAAGCCUUAGAUUUUGACCCACUUCCAGUCGUGGCAUUCCGGAGCUGGCAGGAACAGCCAGCACAACCAACGAGACUUGAAAUAAUUGCUGAACCAGGCAUUUUGUAGACAAUCCACUCUUUUGUUAUUAGUUAUUUUCCCUCUUGCCACAACCAGCAUGAUAUGGGAAGUCAUUUGGGAUGAUUGAAAAGAGGGUUUUGUUCCUGAAUACGUGCAAUGUUUUGUUUUCUACCUAGUUAGGUAUGCUACCCCGUGGGAUUAUUUCUGUGGGGAAAGAUUUGUUUACAAUACAAAAUACAUUUUGGUUAAAUAGUUUACGGAGGUGGGUCAAAUGAAUGUCAAUUAUGAUAUGAUAUGCUGCUUGAUAGUAUGCUGUCAUGAUAAAUAAUGUAGAACCUUACCUGGAGAUGGUUUACUCUGAUAACCUUGCUGAUUCAUUCCUGAUAUUAAUAAUUGCCCAUACAGAUACAUUAAGCUAGAGAUACAUUACUGUAGUACAGAGAUGCAUUACACAGAUACAUUAAGCUAGAGAUACAUUACUGUAGUACAGAGAUGCAUUACACAGAUACAUUAAGCUAGAGAUACAUUACUGUAGUACAGAGAUGCAUUACACAGAUACAUAUAGAAACAUUACUGUAGUACAGAGAUGCAUUACACAGAUACAUACAGAAACAUUACUGUAGUACAGAGAUGCAUUACACAGAUACAUACAGAUACAUUACUGUAGUACAGAGAUACAUACAGAUACAUUACUGUAGUACAGAGAUGCAUUACACAGAUACAUAUAGAAACAUUACUGUAGUACAGAGAUGCAUUACACAGAUACAUACAGAAACAUUACUGUAGUACAGAGAUGCAUUACACAGAUACAUACAGAAACAUUACUGUAGUACAGAGAUACAUUACACAGAUACAUACAGAUACAUUACUGUAGUACAGAGAUGCAUUACACAGAUACAUAUAGAAACAUUACUGUAGUACAGAGAUGCAUUACACAGAUACAUACAGAAACAUUACUGUAGUACAGAGAUGCAUUACACAGAUACAUACAGAAACAUUACUGUAGUACAGAGAUACAUUACACAGAUACAUACAGAUACAUUACUGUAGUACAGAGAUACAUACAGAUACCUUACUGUAGUAUACAGAUGCAUUACACAGCUACAUUACUGUAGUACACAGAUACAUUACUGUAGUACAGAGAUACAUUAAGAAGGUACUGUAGUAAUUUAAUAUUGGCCGAAAGAAUGUUUACAUGCCACAAACUGCUAAUUGUUUUUGUGUAACAAAAAUGCCCCAUUUGAUGUUGACUUAGAAUGUUGUAAAUUGUUUCAUUGUGGGUGAUAGGGACAAUAGUGAUAAUAAGGAGUCCUGAAUGUGUCAUUUAUCUUCA